UCACUUCCCGUCGACGGCGCGCACGUGGGAGGAAGUCCCGGUGCCGCGGCUGCCGCUCCCGCCUGUCUGUCUGGUUACGUUCGUCGAGGGCCGCGCCGCUGCUAUGGGAGGCCCGGCUUUCUCUCGCUGGCUCAGCCGCAAGUCCCCGUCCAUCAUUGUCGACUGCGUGGAAGAGAAGCCAAAAGAAUGCAAUGGUGUAAAGAUUCCUGUUGAUGCCAGUAAACCUAAUCCAAAUGACGUGGAGUUUGGUAAUCUGUAUUUGGAUAUGAAUGGAAUCAUCCAUCCCUGUACUCAUCCUGAAGACAAACCAGCACCAAAAAACGAAGAUGAAAUGAUGGUUGCAAUUUUUGAAUACGUUGACAGACUUUUCAAUAUAGUAAGACCAAGACGACUUCUCUGCAUGGCAAUAGAUGGAGUGGCACCACGUGCUAAAAUGAGCCAGCAGCGUUCGAGGAGGUUCAGAGCAUCAAAGGAAGGAAUGGAAGCAGCAGUAGAGAAGCAGCGAGUCAGGGAAGAAAUACUGGCAAAAGGUGGCUUUCUUCCUCCAGAAGAAAUAAAAGAAAGAUUUGACAGCAACUGUGUUACACCAGGAACCGAGUUCAUGGAUAAUCUUGCUAAAUGCCUUCGCUAUUACAUAGCUGAUCAUUUAAAUAAUGAUCCUGGGUGGAAAAUUUUGACAGUUAUUUUAUCUGAUGCUAGUGCUCCUGGUGAAGGAGAACAUAAAAUUAUAGAUUACAUUAGAAGACAAAGAGCUCAGCCUAACCAUGACCCAAACACUCAUCAUUGCUUAUGUGGAGCAGAUGCUGAUCUCAUUAUGCUCGGCCUUGCUACAUAUGAACCCAACUUUACCAUUAUUAGAGAAGAAUUCAAACCAAACAAACCCAAGCCAUGUGCUCUUUGUAAUCAGUUUGGACAUGAAGUUAAGGACUGUGAAGGUUUGCCAAGAGAAAAGAAGGGAAAGCACGAUGAACUUGCAGAUAGUCUUCCUUGUGCAGAAGGGGAGUUUAUCUUCCUUCGUCUUGAUGUUCUUCCUGAGUAUUUGGAAAGAGAGCUCACCAUGGCCAGCCUACCGUUCACAUUUGAUGUCGAGAGGAGCACUGAUGACUGGGUCUUCAUGUGCUUCUUUGUGGGAAAUGACUUCCUUCCUCACCUGCUGUCGUUAGAGAUUUGGGAAGGUGCAAUUGACCGUUUGGUUAACAUAUACAAAAAUGUGGUUCACAAAACUGGGGGAUACCUUACAGAAAGUGGUUAUGUCAGUCUGCAAAGAGUACAGAUGAUCAUGUUAGCAGUUGGUGAAGUUGAGGAUAGCAUUUUUAAAAAGAGAAAGGAUGAUGAGGACAGUUUUAGAAGACGACAGAAAGAAAAGAGAAAGAGAAUGAAGAGAGAUCAACCAGCUUUCACUGCUGGUGGAAUAUUAACCCCUCAUGCCUUGGGUUCAAGAAAUUCACCAGGUUCUCAAGUAGCCAGUAAUCCGAGACAAGCAGCCUAUGAAAUGAGGAUGCAGAAUAAUUCUAGUCCUUCAGUAUCUCCUAAUACGAGUUUCACUUCUGAUGGCUCCCCGACUCCGAUAGGAGGAAUUAAGCAAAAAGCAGAAGACAGUGACAGUGAACCUGAACCAGAGGAUAACGUCAGGCUUUGGGAAGCUGGUUGGAAGCAGCGGUACUACAAGAACAAAUUUGACGUUGAUGCAGCUGAUGACAAAUUCCGUUGUAAAGUUGUACAGUCUUACGUUGAAGGGCUCUGCUGGGUUCUUCGAUAUUAUUACCAGGUACAAAAUGAAUAUUUUCCUCUAAAUCUCUAGUUAAUCAUUUUAAGAAAAUAGUUAUUUCUAUAAUAGUGUGUGUUGUUGAGCUAUAUUCUGAAAUUGAACCCAGACUCAUAUUUUCAAGCUUCCUAUAAAGAAAUUCAUUACUUAUUAAAUAAGAUUUGUUUGUAAAGCCUUUGAAGCUCCUUAGGUGUUAAUAUAUAAACGAAGCUAAUUUUUGUUAUGCUAAAGAAUUUCAGCAUUAAAUACUGUGGUUGAGAGUACUUGGUC